GGUAAAUAAGCACGUUCUCAAUGAAGAGGGAGUGGUGAGAUUCCUUCCAGAGAAGUCUGACACUCAUUCUAAAUUGCCAUGGAGGCUCAGGAACCCUGGAAUUGUUCCAGCUGGUUCUUACUCUGCCAGACAGCAGUGUCUGCCAACAGCCUCCCUCACUCUUGGAAAUGGACUCUGACAAACUUACCGCCGAGGCAGUUGACACUUCCCAUCGAGCAUGGAAGAAUGGGGUUCCGAACUUUGUUACACUAUUUUUGAAAGGAAUCUCAGAGGACCUCACCUCGUUCUUCGUGAAGACAUCUACAGACACACACACAUCAUUUCUCAAGUCAGCCAGUUCUGAAGAGCGCGUCAGAAGGGUGUUGAUUGUCUUAGGUGAUCCUGUUUGGAGGAUGCUGAGGACGGCCUACGACAUCAGUAAAGAGCACAGUCCUUGGAGGCAUGCAGACCUGAAUCCACAUCCAGACUUCACCUCUUAUUAUGUGGCCUGGCAAUCGCAAAAGAGAGGUGUGAAAAGUCUUUGGGCUGUUCCUUGGAAAAGAGACAAUGAUGGGGAUGAGGUAGCGACCCAGCGAGAGUCUUACCGGAAUGGAUCCAGGAUUCUACUCACAAGAGCGGCUGGUCCAGUCCUGCCGGAUGGAAACCAACUUGCCCAGCUACAUCACGUGGCUUGCGGGAUCUCAGUUCCCCCAGCAGGGAUCAAACCGGCGCCCCCUGCUGUGGAUGUGCGGAGUUUUACCCACUGGACCGCCAGGGAAGUCCUACAAAGAUAUUUUAAUGUAUGUAUUUCCCCUAUGGAUUUGAGGAUUCCAAAACAUUUUUCGAGUAUGAUUUUCUCCCCUCCAUCUUUUCCUUAAAACUUUUUAAAGGUAUCAUGUUUUUAAGCCCAUUUGCAUGUGGUCGAACUUGGCAAUGUGGAGACCCUUUGUUACCAUGGCUGGCACUUUAAGUCAAUGCCUGGCAUUUGUGAGCAAACUGAACUGGCCCCAUGAAAUGGGCCCAAAUCAUGUAAACACUGUCAAGAACCUACCCCAAAUUUCUCAGAAGGAGGAAAACAUUCAAGUAGAUUGUUGUUUGCAGGAAUCCCACAUCCCCAAACCAUAAUCUCUGUGUUCCAAUGAUUUCUUACUAAUUUAUCAGACAUGUUUAAUGACCGUUUGUAACAAAGUCCUGCCCUGAUAGGUAGGUGUUGCGGAGAAUCAGAAAGUGAUAAGACAUUCUCUCUCGCCUUAAUCCAUGCUCCAUUUAACUAGUACUUCUACCUAGGGUCAUUGCUUGGCACGGUAAAAGUGUAGUGGUGGAAAUGAGAUAUGGCUUAACCCAGACUAUCAAAUAUUACUGGGGAAACUUUUAAGGGAAAUAAUUAUAAUUUUGAAAACUAUCAAAUAGCAGCUAUUCAGUGCUUUGUGAUUUAGAUGUAGGUUAAAGCCACUCUUUAGAGUAAAUCAUGAUUUAUCUUUUAAGCUUGGAAAGCAAAUGAACGUUUGCCCCUUGGCUCUCUUUGCAGUGAGUGACCACCUGGGUACCUGGGGGUGAUCCUGUAGCCAUGCAUCGUUCUGCAGAUAGAAUCCUCUGUACCACUAAAUGUUUGGCCUCUUACAUUUCAUUUUGGAUUGGCGAGGCAACUGGAAUAGGAGUUCCUUGGAACUGGUUUGUUAUAUGUUAGUAGUACCUUGGUACACACUGCUUUGGGAAGACUAAUGACAGCCUUGGGAUGUCAUACCUUGACGGUCUAAAGGUUAGCUUCAAGUCAUUAAAUCUGUACAGUCAUUUAUUUAAAGUGAUUAUUGCUUAUAAAUUAUUGUUAUUUUAAGAGACGCUUUUCUCUCAUUGCCUGGAUCAACGACUUGUAAUAAGUUCUGUAUUGAAGAGCCAUUGCUUCCUAAUGACCUGUGUAUCUUCAGGGCAGGCUGGAUCUAUUUUAUCCUGGGGCAUGAUGGGUGUGGUCUCUGAUUGUCUGGCCAGAGUCUAAAUAGCAUCAACCCUAACACAGGAAGAGCUCAAAGAUACCACUCCCCGUC